AUGGUAAUUGGCGAAGUCAUCGAUGGAAUAGAUCUGUUAAAUAAAAUCAAUGCAAAAGGAAUCAAAAAUAAAUCUGGUGUUGACUCUAUUAUUAUGAGUAAGCAAGAUGUUAGAGCCUUUGGUAUUAAAAAUGUCAAUGAAAUUAGAGCAGCUGCUCAUGGUAUUGAAGUUGUUGGUGGUAUACCUAUUUCUACUGAUGAUACAAUUGGUGAUGUUUAA